AUGGAGAUACAGAAAGGAGCUGAGCUCUGUUUUCCACAACUCCUCAACACUUCCUGCAGGAAGCCGACACUUCACUGGUCCAAAGCUGUGCUCCUGAACAUUGUGCUGUGCUUCAUCUCUCUAAUCACUGCUGGACUAAACCUUCUCGUCAUCAUCUCAGUCUCUCACUUCAGGCAGCUCCACACACCCACAAACAUCCUCCUCCUCUCUCUGGCAGUUUCAGACUUUCUCAUGGGUUUCCUGUUGUUACCAUCAGAAAUCAUUAGAUACACAACCUGCUGGGUACUUGGUGAUGUUAUGUGUUCCAUUUAUACUUAUCUGACAGCCAGUCUUUUCUGUGCUUCAACUGGUACCAUUGUCCUUAUAUCAGCUGACCGCUAUGUAGCUAUUUGUGACCCUCUACAUUACCCCACCAGAAUCACUGUGGCGAGAGUCAAACUCAGUGUUUGUCUGUGUUGGUUUUAUUCAACUUUCUACAGCAGUAUUCAUACAAAGGAUGUACUGAUUGAACCAGGCAGGUAUAAUUCCUGCUAUGGAGAGUGUGUAUUUGUCAUCAGUAAAAUUGCAGGGAUUGUUGACCUUGUUUUAUCCUUUAUUGUUCCAGUUACUGUCAUCGUAGUUCUGUAUAUGAGAGUGUUUGUGGUGGCUGUGUCUCAGGCUCGUGCCAUGCGCUCUCAUGUUACAGCUGUCACACUUCAGCGUUCACUGAAUCAAAAAGAGCUGAAAGCAGCCAGGACUCUUGGGGUUCUUGUAGUUGUGUUUCUCACAUGCUACUGUCCAUUUUACUGCUACUUUCUUCUUAAAGAAAAUGUGGUUAAUGAUUCAUCUAUAUUUUCUUUGAUCAUUGUCUUUUAUUUUAACUCUUGUCUAAACCCACUGAUAUACUCCCUGUUUUACCCCUGGUUUAGAAAUGCUGUCAAAAUUAUCAUCACUCUGAAGAUCUUGAAGCAUGACAGCAGUGAGUCAAACAUACUAUAA